AUGUCUGAUCAACAACAACAACCCCAACAACAACCAGGAACAGUUGUCUAUGCUCAACAACCUAUUGGUGUACAACAACAAGGACAACCAGGAGUACUAGUUCAACAACAACAACAACAACCCAUGAUGAUGAUGGCCUAUCCACCACAACAACAACAACCAGGAGGAGUACAACAACCUGUCUAUAUUCAACAACAACAACCAGGAGGAGUACAACCAGGUGUAGUUUAUGUACAACAACAACAACCAGGAGGAGUACAACAACCUAUCUAUGUGCAACAACAACAACCAGGUGGUGGUGUCUAUGUUCCACCUCAAUCACAAGUUGUGGUUACCAUGCCAUCAAGUGGUGGUGGUAGUGGUUCCUUACUUGAUCAAAUCUUUGCUCCAAAUCAUAAAGUUAAAGUCAAACAAAGAAUUGAACCUUUUGAAUUAUUGACUGGAUUUGAAACUGAGAAUCGUUAUGAUAUUCAUUUUGAGAAUGGUUAUGAAGCUGUAGCAUUGGAAGAAUCUGAUUGUUGUGCACGACAAUAUUGUGGUCCAAGAAGACCAUUCAAGAUUCACAUUGCUUUAAAAGGAAAUGGACAAGAAUUUAUUACUCUUGAUCGACCAUGGUGUUGGAUGUUCCAUGAAGUCAAUGUAUUUGAAACUGCUACGAAUACUGCUUUGGGUAAAGUUGAAUUGAGAUGUUCAUUCUUCUCUCGUGAAUUGAAUAUAUUUGAUGCAAGUGGUGCAAAGAUUUUUGAUAUUGUUUCACCAUGUUGUGAAUGUUGGACGUUUUAUAUUGAAAAGAAUGGACAACGUGUUGGUGAAAUUAGGAAAAAGUGGAGUGGAUUCUUGAAAGAAGCUUUUACUGAUGCUGAUAAUUUUGGUAUUGAAUUCCCAACAAGUGCAACCACUAAGGAAAAGGCAAUUCUUCUUGGAGCCUUAUUCUUGAUUGAUUUCUUGUACUUUGAAGAAAGCGCAAACAAUAACAACAAUCGCCGUGCUUAUUGGUAA